GAAAAGUCACUCCCAAGCAUACGUCUGUAUAAUUGUUGAUAUAUUUAAAAUAAUUAGAGGUGAAACAUAGAAACACAGAGGCCACGUAAAGGUGACCAACAUGGAGAAUAGAAAAACGGCGCUUCUUGCGGCCUGGGGCGUAAUCCUGUUAUGGCAGGCUUCUGCAGAAUUUUGUUCGGAAGAUCGGAUAGUCAAGGUUGAAGUAGCCACACGUACCUACGAGGUGCAAAAGUUUCAAGACUGCUCGAGCAAACAGGAUGGUGAUUUCUUAUUAGAUCGAUCGGAAGUGGACGGAAUAUCAUCCUGCACAUUCAACAGAUCCAUUUCUUCUACUCAACUGGUGGAUAGAACUGAGACAUUCAGUGUCUGCUGCAAAGGUUACAGGGGAGAGCUAUGCGAUAUUCCCGUUUGUGAGCAAGCUUGCGCCCACGGACAAUGUGUCGCACCAAACACCUGUAAUUGCAUUAACACGGGAUACGAGGGACCGACAUGCUCCUCACCUGUGUGCACAUCAGAAUGUGUGAAUGGUAAAUGCGUUGAGCCCAAUACUUGCAAAUGCUUGAGUGGAUGGAGCGGAAAACUUUGCGAAACCGCAAUCUGUCAAAAGGAAUGCCUCAACGGCGGAGUCUGCGCAGCACCAGAUCUUUGCAAAUGUCCAUCGGGAUAUACCGGAGAUUACUGCAAUAUUGAAAACCCACAAUGCGCAACCAAGUGUCUCAAUGGCGGAAAAUGCACAACUGGAAACAUUUGUAAAUGUCCUAUAGGCUAUGGAGGAAAAUCGUGCGAAUUUGCUAUCUGCGAGCCUACCUGCCAAAACGGAGGAAAAUGUCAAUCCCCUGGUAGCUGCGUUUGUCAAAUUGGAUAUGAGGGAAAAUAUUGUGAAAAUAAGAUUGACGAAUCUGAUAUCAUCAAUGGAGAAACCGAUGAGAUGAGAUUCCUAGACGCUGAUACCCUUGAUUUCACCAAAGAAGAAGCGGCAUGUGUAACUUGGAAUAUGAAUCAUUAUGUUACCUUUGAUGGCAAAGGCUUCUAUUUUGCUGGCAAAUGUACCUACAAUUUGGCUUACGCCUGCUCCGGUCUAUUCCAUAUUCAGGUCGACAAUGCAUUUGAAUGUGACGAGUAUGGUGACUGCAAUCGCGCUGUCCGAUUAGAAAUUGAUUCUGACCAAGUUGUAAUGUUGUAUCCAAAUGGAACUGUAGUGCAUAACGAAAAGUUGGUCAAUGUUCCAAAAACUAUAAAAACUGCAACACAAUCGUUUAUGGUCGAAAAACUCGGGGAUUACACCGUCGUUGGUUUCUCAAGCGGCGUCCGUGUAUUCUUUGAUAACAACAAAUCUGUCUACAUCAGAAUGUCAAAAUCAUAUAAAGGUGAAAUGUGUGGUUUGUGCGGAAAUUUUGACGGAGAUGCCAGCAAUGAUUUCACGUUGAAAGAUGGAACGACUUUAGAAAACGAUAAUGACUUCGGAAAUAAAAUGGUAGUACACCAACCUGGAGUGAAGAAAGCGAUUUGCACAGCUGUUCCAUCAAACCUUCCGCACCCAUGCAGCAAAUACGAUGCAACGCAAAUAUCUGUCGCUGAAAAGCAAUGUGGAUUGUUGUUGAGUGAAGCUUUCUCGUCUUGCCACGAAAAAGUCAAUCCUCAGGACUUCAUCUCAAGAUGUGUUAUGGAUGUUUGCGAAUCAGGAAUCGAGCAUUACGAAGCAAGAUCUUGUGAAGCAUUUACUCAUUACUCAAGACUUUGUUCAUACAAUGGCAUCAUACUUUCAUGGAGAAGACAAGGAUUCUGCUACAUCGAUUGCCCUGGUGGACAAAUGCACAGCGAAUGUGGAAGUGCAUGUCAAGAAACUUGUGAAAACGUAGCAUACCCAGAAGAAUGCGUGAACAACGUAUGUGUUGAUGGGUGCUAUUGUCCAAAAGGAACUGUACUUGACUCAACCACAAACACAUGUGUCCAGAAGGAGAGUUGUCCGUGUAUGAAAGCUGAUGUUAUUUACAAAGCUGGUGAUACUGUCUUGAGAGAUUGCAAUGAAUGUACUUGCACAAGUGGACGUUGGGAAUGCACUCAAAAUCAAUGUCCAAGAACAUGCAAAAUCGUUGGUGAAGACCAUUAUACUACCUUCGAUGGAAAACAAUUCCAGUUCUCUGGUGGAUGUGAAUACGUUUUGGCACAAACCGAAUUUGGCGCUGAAGCUCCAUUGUCAGUCUGGGUUCAGAAUACUGGAUGUGGAUUCUUCGAUACCGAACCAUGCAAAAAGACAAUUUCAAUGAACAUCUAUGAUGUAGAUACAAUCAGAUUGAUGGGAUUGAACAAAGUUUUGAUCGGAAUCCACACCAUUCCUCUUCCAUAUAUGGAUGGUUUGAACAGAUUUACAAUCCAAAAAUUUUCUUCAUCUUUCAUACGAGUCAAAACAAACGACGGAUUCGAACUUCUCUGGGAUCAAGAUCACAGAAUAUAUUUGAAACUCGACCCAUCUUACAAACAGAAGGCGAGAGGUCUUUGCGGUCUUUACAAUCUCAACCAAAUCGAUGACUUUACACUUCCAUCUGGAAUCACCACAGUCGACACUGUCGAGUUUGGAAAUUCGUGGAAGACCGACGUAGCCUGCGCUGGUCGUUCUCAACUCACGGGAGGAAUCACAAUGGACGCAUGCUCCCAAUCUGCUGCAUAUGGAUUGUUUGCCAAAGCAGAAUGCAUUUCUAUACAAACAGGGAAUCUAAAUGUUUGUGGAAAGGUUGUUGAUGCAUCUACAUAUAUGACAAUGUGUGAACACGAUAUUUGUAGAAACCUUCAAAAAGGGCUCGAUAUCAGCCAAGCUAAAUGUGCCGUACUUGCCGACUAUGCUCGAUCAUGCGCUUUGUCGAGCAAUGCAUUGAAUAGCAUUUCCUGGAGAGAAGCAACAGGUUGCGAGACUUCAUGUGAAGGGGGAAGGAUAUUCCAGGAGUGUGUAACAUCAUGCGAUAUGACAUGUAACAUGUUGGGUGAUCCAAACUAUACAUGCGAAGAGGUAAAUUCUUGUAUCGAAGGAUGCGUCUGUCCAGAAGGAAUGGUAUUUGAUGAAACCAAGCAAGUUUGUGUACAAAUCGCUGAAUGUUCAUGCUUCCAUGGGGGUGUAGAAUUUGCUGCUGGAUCAUCCAGACAAUCUUUUUGCGAUUCCUGCUCAUGCAAAAAUGGGAAAUGGGAAUGUUCUCCCAUUGAAGGAUGCACAGAAGAAAAUGUUUGCCCAUCGGGACAAAGAUGGACUGAGUGCACUGAAUGCCAAAGAACCUGUGACAACAUGCAAGUAGUCUGUCAACAAACUGUAUGUCAUGAAGGUUGUGCAUGUCCAGUUGGUAUGGCAUUGUAUGAAGGGGAAUGUAUUCAAGAAAGUUCUUGUCCUUGCCAACACUUGGGACGAAGCUACAAGACUGGAUCACGAAUCAAACAGAACUGCAAUUAUUGUACUUGCCAAAACACCACAUGGACUUGCGAUGAAAAAGAAUGUCCAUCCAUUUGCUCUGCUUAUGGUGAUCCUCACUACGAGACGUUCGAUAAAAAGAGAUAUGAAUUUCAUGGUGAUUGCACAUACGUAAUGGCAGAAGAUUUCUGCGGAAGCACCGUAGGAACUUUCCGAAUCACUGUAGAGAAUGUUCCUUGCAGUACUGGAGGUGUUACAUGCACUAAAGCAGUCAAGCUCAUGCUGUAUGAUUCUAUCAUCCAAAUGAUAAGAGGAAGUGCUCCUAUUGAAGCCAAAAAUCCAUUCUCUCCACCUGGAACUCCAAAAGCUGAAUACACUAUCAUGUCUACUGGAUUGUUCAUCAUUGUGAAAACUGAGAUUGGUCUCACAGUGAUGUGGGAUGUUGGAACUCGUGUCUAUGUGAAACUUGAACCAACCUUCAAAUCCAGAGUUUGUGGUUUAUGUGGUGACUUCAACGGUGAUGCUACAAACGACUUUAUCACAAAACAAGGUGAACUUACAUCCACUUCCAAUCUAUUUGGUGACAGUUGGAGAGUAUUCAGCUCGUGUCCACGAUCUGAGGAAAACCCAGUUCAUCCUUGUGUUGUUAGUCCACAACGUACUGAAUGGGCUCAAUAUUCUUGCAGAAUUAUCAACCAAGAUCCAUUCACGGAAUGCCACGCUUACGUUGACCCAGAACCUUAUUAUGAAGCUUGCGUUUGGGAUUCAUGUGGUUGUGAUAGAGGUGGUGAUUGUGAAUGUCUGUGUACUGCCAUCGGUGCUUACACCAGAGAAUGUAACGAACAUGGAGUACAUGUCAGAUGGAGAGCAACUGGAGAUUGUGGACUUCAAUGUGAAAACGGUAUGGUUUACCAAGAAUGUGGAACUACUUGCGAAGCGAAAUGUUGGUCAACUACACAAGACGAAAGUUGUUCUGAAGUCUGUGUUGAAGGUUGUCAUUGUCCUAAUGGCACUGUACUUCAUGAAGGAAAAUGUAUCGAAAGACAACAAUGUCCAUGUAUUGUUGGAAGUCUUGAAGUACCACCUGGAUAUGUUUUGGAAUAUAACUGUAUGGAUUGCACAUGUCAAAACGGAAUCAUGAACUGCGUUGAUAGAGAAUGUAAAACAACGACAACAGGAACAACCUCUGCACCUGAAACUGUCAAAGUUCUGACAACCACUGGAGAACCAGUUUACACAACAACUGUCCCAGUUCCUGAAUCGACGACUCCUGUGGAAACUUCUUCACCACAGACUGUUUCUCAAACCACAACUGUUAUGCAGACAACCACCAUGGCUUGCCCAGAAGGUAUGGAGCCCACAGAUUGUGUAAGUUCGUGCCCAGAAAAAUGUGAAUACAACAAAGUAGAAGGUGAAUGUGAUGGUGCUCGUGUUAUGAUGUGUCAACAUGGAUGUAAAUGUCCUGGCAAUAAAGUAAUCGACGAAAAUGGAAAAUGUGUUGAACCAGCUGACUGUGCAUGCAUGGAUCAUGAAGGCAAUAGAGUCGAGCCUGGACAAUCUUGGAAUCCGAGUCCAUGCGAAACAUGUACAUGUUAUGACAACGAGCCUAGUUGCUAUUCUAUGGCAUGUGCUAUUACUGAAUGUGAUGAAUCAAAAGGAUAUGAACUAGUUACUGUAGUUGGACAAUGUUGCCCUACAUGUGUUGGUUCACCAAGCAGUUCCACAACACCAGGAUUGAAGACAACACCAGGUGUUGUUACAACAACAACCAUUGGAUCAGAAUCUACAACAUCAGGAGUUUUUGUAUCCACAACAACUCCUUCUUCUACUUGCAAUGAAGAGAAUGGUGAAAUCUAUGGUCCAUGCAGUUGCAUAGAAAAAUGCGGACAGAAAUCCAAUGAAACUUGCAAAAAGGAAGCAGAUGAAAAUGGCAAUUGUUGCACUUGCCCAGAAGGAAUGGUUCAGGAUGAAGCUGGACAAUGUAUUCCAAAAGUUGAAUGCCCUUGCAUCGAUCCUAACGGAUCUCUAGUUCCACCCGGAUCUUCAGUCACUGGCGAAUCAUGCAACAAAUGCACUUGCGUUAGUGGAGAGCUAUUGUGUAAACCAUACUGUAGCAUUGAUAGCUGCAAAAACCCUGACAUGGUAUUGGCAUAUGAUGAUGAAGGAUGCUGUUAUUGUGGAGAACUUACUACUACAACAACAAUACCAAUCAAGACCACCAGUCCAAUCUCUACGCCAAAAGAAACAACCACAAUUAUGGUCACUUCUGAAGAAGUGUCCACUACUCCAGAAGGUGGAGUUUCAACAACAACACCAAAAAUAGCAUGUUUGUGUACAGAAGGUUACAUUUCAUGUGAUAAUUGUGAAAAAUGUAUCAAAGACAGUUUGAAAUGCGAUGGAAUGAAACAAUGUUCUGAUGGUUCAGAUGAAACGAAUUGCCCUUGUGUAUAUGAAGGACAAGAAAUGGAGAAUGAAGAGACCACAACAGUUUCUGAAUGCCAAUCUUGCACAUGCAGUGAAGGUCAAGUUAAUUGCACAAAAGUAUGCAAUAAGCGAUGUGCUCCAGGAUAUUUCCUUCAAUACUACACCGACGACAGAUGUUGUUCAUGCCAACUUACCUUAACUACAACAACGCCUGCUGAGACGACCGAGUCUGUGAAAUCUUCAACAACAGCUCCACCAGUAUCAACAACUGGACCAUCUGAAACAACAAUUUCCGAAGCCGUUGUUACUACUGAGAUCUCAACAACCAAAGAAACUGUGCUUACUACCAAAGCUGUUUGUGUCGAUGGCCUCGGACUUCAAUCUGGUGAUAUCAAGGAUGACCAAAUUGUAGCAUCAAGUUUUAAACCUGGAUUUGAGCCUUAUCUUGCUCGUCUUGUCACAUCUAAUAUCAUUGAUGGAUCACCAAAAUCUUGGUCACCAGAUAACAGUGAUGCAGAUAAAUAUUUGGAAGUCAAUUUCAAUGUACCAACACAAGUGACUGGAAUCACCACACAGGGUGGACAAAAUGAUCAAUAUGUAACCAAAUACUCAGUCAUGUACAACAAUAACGGUGAGGGAUGGCAUGUAGUCAAGGAAAUUAUUGUUGGUGAUGAUGGACAAAGCUUUUCAAUGAAGAAGGUUUUCAAUGGCAACAGUGACGAUUCAUCUUCAGUAAAGAAUGAGCUUCCUGGAGCUGUUGUUGCAACACAAGUUCGUAUCGUUGUUGAAGAACCAAAAUCAGACAUCAGUUUGAGAAUUGAAAUUCAUGGUUGUGCAUUGGGAACGGCUUCAACUACUCCUCAUCUUGUGAAAACAACCACUGAAAAAAUUGUGAAAACGACUACUCCAGUUAUUGAAGAAAGUACGACUAAGGCUUCCGAAGAAACAACAACCUUGUCUGUGGUCGAAACCACCACAAAAGUUUUACAGACAACAUCACCCGUCACUGAAGAAUCUCCUGUUACAACACCUGAAGGAAAUGUUGAAAGCACAACAGUAAAAACAACACCUCCUAUUGAAACAACGGAAACUGUAACCAAAGUUAUUGAAGAGACAACAUUGUCAGUUGAACCAACCACAACACCAAUGAAGGAAUGUAGCAUUAACAUGGGGCUUGAAGCAGACAUGCCAGUUUUGUCAGGAUUCACAUUAACUGCAUCAUCAACUGAUGAAGGCAGCAGCCCUGACUAUGCUCGCUUGAACAAUGAAGAUGUUGAUGGAAAGCCAUUGGCUUGGAAAACUUCAUUCCCAGGAGAGCAAUAUCUUCAGGUCAACUUUGAAAAAGAAGUCAUCAUCACUGCUGUUCAACUUCAAGGUGAUGGUAUCGAGGCCUAUGUGAAAAAAUUUGUUGUUCAAUACUAUAACGAAAAUGAUGAGACUCCUUCCUGGCAACAUGUUGAGGAAAAUGAAAGUCCAUUGAACUUUGGUGGAAAUCAUGAUCCAACCACAGUUGUUCAAGCUGAUUUACCUAUUGGCAUCAAAGUAACAUCUAUUCGAUUGGAACCAAGAGCUUGGGUUAAAUAUAUGGCUCUCAGAAUUGAAUUCCGUGGAUGUGUUCCUGAAAAAGUUAUCACAACAACAACUAAAGUUACAACUGAAGCUGAAAUCACCACCACAGAGAAUAAGGUAUCUACAGAAGUAUCCACUACGCCAUCCGGAGAAUCAGAAACAACUCCAAUUGUUGUUGAAACAACGACUAAAGAAGUGCUUCCAACAACUGUUGUUGUACAAACCACAUCACAAAAAGUUUCAAGUGAAACUCCUGAAUUUCAAACAACAUCUCAACCCAUUGUAACCGAAACAGUAGAAACAACACCUGGACCGCCUGUGUCUGUGGUUUCAACCUCAAAACCAGUGUCUUCGGAAGUGACAACUACAACAGUUCCAGUACCAAAAGAAACCGAAAAACCUACUCCAGAAGUUACAACAACUAAAGAGAUCGUCGUUACAACGUUGUCCACUGAACAACAAACUGAAUUGACAACCAGAAAAAAAAUAUGUGAUGUAAGUAUGGGUAUGGAAAAAUACCUUGUGUCAGAAGAUGGCAUUACUGCUUCUUCAGAAACAAGUGAACAUCAAGCUAAUAAUGUCAGAUUUGUGCGACUGAUACCAGAUGAAGAUGACAACACUAAGCUUGUUGAAGAACUUGUACCUGGUUCUUGGAGCCCAGAAGUUUCUGAUGAUAAACCUUAUUUGGAAAUGAAAUUUACUGAAACAGUGUUAAUCACGACUAUUGUUACCGAGAAUAUGCUCAAGGGUGUAAAAGCUGGCUAUACAAUUUCUUACAUUCCUGAAGAUGGUGACAAGUUUGUUUCUAUCACUGAAGUUGUUGAAUUUGUUGAAAACGUACCUUCUGAGAUAACUAAGGUAUUCUCAGUCAAUGACCAUGCUGAUAGCACAAAUAUCAUAGAUUUGGAAACUCCAAUUAAAGCUGCGGUGAUCAGGAUACACCCACAAGGCGAAGUACAAUUGAAACUUGAAUUGAGAGGGUGCUUGCCAGAAAAGGAACUUACUACCACUCCCGUUAUCAUUGUUACCACAAAAGAAGUAGUUACCACCACGACUACUCCUAUUGUAGAAGAGAGCACUACCUUGGAACCUGGUGUAUCAACCACAACAUCAGGACCUUCUGGUGAAACCACAACAUCAGGACCCUCUGAUGAGACUACAAGCAUCAAUGUUGAUACAACCAAACCAACCACAGUAGAAGUUGUUACCACAGAGAUAAAAACUGAAACACCAAUUGUUACUGAACCAAUUGAAACAACAGGAGAAACUGGAUUUUCUACAACUGCAAAGCCAGGUGAAACGACAAAGAAAACUGUAACAACCACCAAGGUACUUGAAACAACUGUUUCCAAAGAAGUGACAAGCAAACCUUCGGAAGGGGAAACUACCAGUGGUGUGGUUGUACACACCGUUUCUCCAACUGCAGCUACAACUGAACAUCUCAAGUAUUGUGAUGAGAAGAUGGGCUUAGAGUUUGGAGCACAAAGUGAUUUAAAUCCACACUUUUCAGCGUCAAGUAAUCAAGAAGCGGCAAAUGAAGCAAGAUUACUGAAUACUAAAUCCUGGAAUCCAUCAGAAGAAGAACAAUACUUCGAUGAAGUGACAGGAAAAUGGGUGACACGACCAUGGUUGCAAGUCAGCUUUGAAUACCCAGUUUCUAUCUCAACAAUCUUAACUCAAGGAGAUGAAAUAAGCGGAGCUCAUGUCACUGUCUAUGAAGUUUCUUAUUCUAAAGAUGAUGCACAAACCUGGAGUAAAAUAUCUGAUGAAAGCGGGGCACCAGUUAAGUUUAAUGCAAACAAAGAUGGCAAUUCUGUUGCUGAAGUCAUUUUGGAUGAUGUUUUGGAAGAUAUCACAAAUUUCAAAAUCAAACCAAUUGAUUGGAACACGGAUGCAGCUUUGAGACUUGAAUUAAAAGGAUGUUUCAACAGAGAAAUCAGAACAACCACUGUACGUACAACAAAAGAAAUCGUCACUACGUCACAAGUUGGAAGUAGCACCACUGAAGCUACCACUACACCUGGUGGCUUAAUUUCAACAACCAAAGUUAUACCAACAACAUCUAAAGUUAUAGUGACCACUUCACCAAAAUUGUCAACCGUAUCAUCAGAAGGUAGCACAACAAGCAAGACUGUCACCACUAAAGUAGUAUCUAGCAGUACUUCAUCAUCAGGACCAGAAGUAACAACCGUCUCUGAAUCGUCUGAAAGCACGACUAUGCCUACUGGUUCAACAACAACAAGCAUCAAAACUGAAGAACCUGGUUCUACAACAAAAACUCCAGUUGUUGAAACGACUACUGGCAUUACAGAAACUACACAGUUUGCAACACAAAAAAUGUGUGAUGAUGAAAUGGGAAUGAGAAACCAUCAAAUACCAGAUGACAGUAUUACUUCAUCAUCUAAUAAGCCUGGACAUGAAGCACAGAAUGCAAGAAAUGUCAAAUUAGGAGACACUGAGAACAUCGACAUCAAUAAUCUUUCAUGGUCACCUGAAGAUUCUGAUGAUACUCCUUAUUUGGAAGUUGUUUUCCCAGAGGUUGUCAUGAUUUCUUCAGUCCUUACCCAGGGUGGGGAAAAUGGAGAAUUUAUACCAGCAUUCACAGUCGAAUAUGCACCCGAGAUCAACGUUGAAUUGGAAGCCAUUAUUGAAUCUCCAGAAGUCGGACCAAAAGUUUUCCCUGCUAAUAGAGAUGACAGUACUGUUGCUGAAAUUGUCUUUGACAAAGCGAUUAGGGUAAAAGUUAUCAGAAUAUAUCCAAGAAGACCAGAAGAUAACCAACCAAUCAGUUUGAGAGUAGAAUUCCAUGGGUGUGAGGAGAUGACUACUACACCUGUUAUUAUAAAAACAACCACGGAAACAAUUGUGAAGACAAGCACUCCUGAAUCAGGCAUUUCGACUACUGAAGCAGAAAAAUCAACCACUCCUUCUGUUGUUGAAACUACAGUAAUUGUGACAGAAAAGACAACACCAGUAACAGAAUCGAAAGGACCAACCACUGUGGUUGUCACGACCACUAAGAAGAUUGAAUCUACUACUGGAAAUGAGGUAGAGAUUACAACUUCUGCAAAUGUUGUGAAAACAACAGAAAAACCAAUUGUAACUACAGUCCCAGUUGUGGAAACAACCAAACCAAUGCUUUGUGACAAAAUCAUGGAAAAUUUAGGACAAACAACUGAAUUAGUAUCUUCAGAAGUGAGCGCUUCUAGCAAUGUUGAGGAAGCCAAGUUGGCCAAUUUGGAUGAACCCUCUGAUCAACCAUGGUCACCAAACGAUAUCAAUGAAGAUUCUGUCUUUGGAGCCUUUGUUGAAGUAAAAUAUGAUCGACCAGUUUAUAUCACUGAAAUAUCAACUCAAGGUGAUGGUGUUGAAAACUAUGUUAAGACUUACAGAGUUUAUGUUCUCACCAAGACAGAGAGUGAACUCACAGAAACAUGGAAAAGAAUAAGUACAGUAUUUGAUGCUAACACUGAUGCUACUACACUAGUACCCAACAUAUUCCCCGAGGCUGUACUUGCCAGUGCUGUAAGAAUUUCACCCAUUGACUAUUUUGGUAAACCAUCCAUGCAAUACAGAGUUAGUGGAUGCUUUGGAAGACUCUCCAGUACAACCAAACAACCGAAAGAAACUACAACCACUGGAGAAUCAACUGAAUUGACAACAAAAGAAACACCAGCUGUAGAAACGACCCCAAUUAUACUUGUUACAACCACGACAGUAGAAACAAAGCCAGUGGUCACUACCAAAAUAGUUGGUGAAUCAACAACAAAAGAGCCAGUUGAAACUACAGAGGGUGAGAUUGCAACAACAACAACAGGUAUUUCCAAAUCAAUACCAGUUGUAACAACCGUAGUAGUGGUCACAACAAAGAAACCAGAAAUUUCUGUAUCAACCGAAGUUUCUGAAUCAACUACACCUGCCAUGGGAAGCACUACAGUAGAAAGUACUGAACCAAUCGAAACUACUACCAAGGAGGGACAGCAACAGGAAACGUCUAAAGAACCGAUAAAAACAACCCCAUCAGAAACUACAUCUAAGGUUUCUGUGGAGACUACACUACCGGGAUCGGAAACUACUACCAAAGGAUCAGAGAAAACAACAGAAGGAAUCUCAGAAACAACUGAGCCUGCAAAGACAACAGCUGUCAUGAAGACCACGACUGGCAAGAUAGUGACAUCUGAACAAACCACAAUAAAAAUAUGUGAUGAAGAAAUGGGCUUGAAAAAUCAUGAAGUAACUGAUGCAAAUGUAUUAGCCUCGUCAUAUAAAGAAGGAAAGGAACCCAUUAAUGUUCAAAAUAUUAACUCGGGAGAAACAGUGUCAGAAGAACCACUUCCAUCAUGGUCUCCUGAAGACAAUGAUGAAUCACCUUAUUUGGAGGUUUUCUUUUCUACCCCUGUGGUUAUUACAUCUAUCCUUUCCCAGGGAGGUGAAAAUGGCGAGUUUGUAUCUCAAUAUAAAGUAGAAUAUGCAUCAGGCAAUUCUGUUUUAAUGCCCAUCAAAGAAAUAUCAAACAACCCAUCAUCUCCAGAAAAAGUAUUCACUGCCAAUAAAGAUGAUCAUACAAUUGUCGGAAAUACUCUAGACGAACCUAUUACAGUGCAAAUUCUCAAAAUUUUACCUAUUAGAGAAAAUAACUUGCCUAUCAGUUUACGCAUGGAAUUCCAUGGUUGUGGUGAAUUGACCACUGUACCAGUAACUGUUGAAACUACCACAGAAGCUAUUGUUACAAGCAUUGUACCAAGUAGUCCACCAUCUUCCUCAACGGAAGGUGUUGUUACCAGCAGUCCAAUUUCAAAAGAAACCACCCCAUCUGGAGAAGAAACAACUGCAUCCGUUGUCGAAACAACCAUAAUUGUUACCGAGAAAACAACACCAAAAGAGGGUGUUUCAACUACAUCUGGUUCAUCAGUCGUGGUCACAACAACAAAAACUGUAGAAUCUACAACUGGAGGAGUCAUAGAAACAGUUACGACUAAAGAAAUGGUGAAAACAUCAGAAAAGCCUGUUGUAACAUCUGUCGCUGUCGAAAGCACUACUCCAGCUGUAACUACUGAAUCAGUUGUUACUCUUACGCCAGGAAAAAUUUGUGACAAGGUUAUGCAAGAAAUUGGGAAACUCCAGGAAGUGGUUUCACCUCAAAUAUCAGCAUCCAGCAAUGUUGAAAUUGCAAAAGAGGCACAACUUGAUUCUGAUGUUGCUUGGUCUCCAGUAGAUAUUACGGAAGAUGCAGUAUUUGGAGCAUACAUUGAAGUCAGCUUUGAUUCAGAAGUAUAUCUAACUGAAGUAACAACUCAGGGAGAUGGUGAUGAAAGUUAUGUAUCAGCAUACAAUGUAUUUGUGUUGUCUAAGACUGUUGAAGAAGAAACAAGUUCAUGGAAGCGCAUUAGUCAUAUUUUUGAUGGUAAUACAGAUGCAAUUGGCAAGGUUACCAAUGAGUUUACAGAAGCCAUAUUGGCAUCUGCUAUAAGAAUUGCUCCUCAAACUUUCAAUGUUUCUCCUUCAAUUAAAUUGCAAAUUGGUGGUUGCUUUACAUUUAUAUCAAAAACUACUACUAUUGCCACAUCUAAAGUACCCGAGUACACAACAACUGCCCCUGUAUCUCAAGGAAUUGGGUCCACAACAACCCUCGGUCAAGCUGAAUCAACAACACCAGUGAUUAUUGUAACAACGACCAAAGUUGUCUCUGAGCCUGUGGUUACUACAAGACCAGCCAUAAGUACCACUCUUGGUGAGGGUAUAUCGACUACUAAAUCGACUGAACAAACUACUUCUAAACCAGUAACGGUAAUUGUCACCAGUGAAGGAAUAACAACUGAAGAAGUUGGUACAUCAAGUAGCACAGAAAUAGUAAAUGUAGAAACAACACCAGGCAAAACAACCCUUGCUGUUGUUGAAACAACAAUAGAAACCAAGGUGUCUACAACUGAGCCAAAUGAAGCAUCUACAACUGUAGAAACAGGAGAAAGUACCACAACAAACAAAGUGGUAUUGACAACUAAGAAAACUGUGGUAACAACACCCUUGACAUCUAGCACAGAAGAACCUGGUAAAAGCACUGAAAUAACAACCACUGAGGUUCAAGAAACAACCAAAGUUACUGAGCAACCAGGAACUGAAGAGACAACGGUUACCAAAGAGAUUGAGACCACAACAACUGAAGAAUCUGUGGUUACGACAGAAAAACCAGAACCGACAGAAGAACCAGGUAAAACUACAACCAAAAUGAAUGUUGAGGUUACCACAACUAAGAAGAGUGCACCAACUACCACUAAAAUUGUGAAAACAACCGAAAAAUACAGUACUGAAGGACCAGGAACCACAGAGGGUCCAUCAGCAACGACCAAAGUACCUGUUGUAACCGAGAAAACCGUUGAGGUCACAUCGACUACUGCUGGACCUGAGAUAACUACAACCAUUAUUGUUGAAAAAUCAACUCCAUUAGUUAGUGAAAAGACAACUGUUACAAGCAGUGAAACAACCAAACUACCAGCAGUCUCCUCAACAACCGAAAAAGAGGGGGUGACUACCUCUGGACCAGACGUUGGUACUACUACCAGCAAGCCAAUUGUUUCAGAAGGUGUAACUACUGAAGAGGUGAAAACAUCUAGCAGCACCGAGGUAGUUAGUGUUGAAACAACACCAGGAAAAACAACUCCGGCAGUUGUUCAGACCACAAUAGAGACCAAGCUGUCGACUACUCAACCAAACCCUGCAUCAACAACUGAAGGAAUGGGAGAGACCACAACAAGCAAGGUUGUAAUAACAACAAAGAAAACAGUUGUAACAACUCCUGUGUCAUCUAGCUCAGAGGAACCUGGUAAAACCACUGAAGUAAUAACCACGGAGGUUCAGAAAACUACUAAAGUAACUGAACAACCAGGAACGACAGAGACAACAAUUACCAAAGAAGUUGCAACCACAACAAGCCAAGAAUCAGUAGUUACAACUGAGAAACCAGAACCAACGGAACCAGGCAAAACAACUACGAAAAUGAAUGUUGAAGUUACUACAACGAUAAAGACCACACCAACUACUACGGAAGUUGUAAAAACAACUGAAAAAUACAGUACCGAAGGGCCAGAAACCACAGAAGGUCCAUCGGCAACAACCAAAGUACCAGUUGUAACAGAGGAAACUGUUGAAGUGACAACAACUCCAGCUGCUCCAGAAACUACUACAACCAUUGUUAUUGAGAAAUCAACGCCAUCGAUAACAGGAAAGACGACUGUUUUGACAGAAAGUACCAGUGAAAAAGUAACAACUAAACCAACAGUUGAAGAAACAACAAAACUACCAGGAGUUACAACGGAAGAAUCUGGAGUAACCACACCUGCAGUUGUAACCUCUUCUUUGUCCACAACAAGCAAAACUAUUCUAACAACUGAACCAAUGGUCUGUGAUGAUGCUUUGGGCAUGGUGACACAUGCAAUUACAAAUGAGAUGAUCAGUGCUUCAUCUAGUAAAGAAGGAAAAGGGGCGGAGUAUGCUCGUAUCACUUACAAUAAUGAUGAAACCGUAGCUGCACCAUCUUGGUCCCCACUUACUGAUGAUGAAAGUCCUUACAUAGAAAUCAACUUUGCUCAGGCAACAAUCAUUCAUUCUAUUCUGACACAAGGAGGCGGAAAUGGUGAAUUUGCUGGCAAAUAUUCUGUAUCUUACAUUGAUGCAAAUGAUGAAUCAGCAGAGUUCAAAUACAUCACUGAAGAAACUACCCAAGAAACACCUCUCGGUCCUGUAACCACACCUGAAAUGAAAAUUUUCGAUGGAAAUCAUGACGACACCACUGUCGAAGAGAGAUUCUUGAAACCUGCCAUCACAGUCACUGUACUUCGUAUUCAUCCUAUUCGUCGAGCUUUGAAAGAAGAAAUUUGCAUGCGACUUGAAUUCCAUGGAUGUUUCGAAUCAGCAACUGAAACACCAGUGAUUGUUUCUACAACUAAAGAAGUUCAAGUGACCACAAGUACUCCAGUAACUGGACAAGAAACUACACCCUCUGGAGGUGAGUCAACCACUUCAUCAUCAGUGAAAGAAACUACAACUACUGAAGUGAAGACAACAAAACCAAUUGAAUCAACUAGCAGUAUUUCAACUACUCCAGUUUACAAAGAAACUACUACUACUAAAGUAACAGAAGUUACAACCGUUCAAACUGAACCACCAAUCACAGAAAGACCAAGACUUUGUGAUAAGUUGAUGGAAGAAGAAGUCAAAAUAACAGUCCAUAUUCCAAACUACUAUGCCUCAAGUAACAAAGAAGAUGCAGAGAAUGCUCGACUUAGCAAACUCACAUCAGUUAGUGGAUGGAGACCAGAUCCUUCAGAUAGCAACAUUUUCCUCCAAGUUGUUUACGAGAAGGUCGUUGUCAUGACAACAAUUACAACAAAAGGUGCAGUUAAUGAAGAAGGCGAGGCUGAAUAUGUGUCCUCAUACACAAUUGAAUAUACAGAUGAUGACAAUAUGGAGAUGUGGUAUUCUGUAACUGAUGAAAGCAACUCCCCUGUUCUUUUCUCUGCCAACACCGAUGCUCAAUCUCUUGUUUCAAAUGAAUUUGCCAAACCUGUAACUGCCAAGGCGAUUCGCAUUAGACCUUUGUCAUGGCAUAAAACUCCUGCUCUUCGUGUUGGAAUCACUGGUUGUUUUGAUAUCACCUGGGAAGUAACAACAACCACAGCAAGCAAAGAAUCUACCAUCGUGACAGAAGUACCAGUUACAACUGAAGGACCAACUGAAGAACCAAUCACGACAACAGAACCGAAAGAGGGAUCAACUACUCCAGUUAUUGUUACAACAACCAAACGAGUGUUCCCAACAACUGAAACAAUUUCCUCAGGACAAUCUACAACGCCAGAAGAAGGAGUCUCAACAUCAUCUGCUGUGACAACAACCAGCUCGAAAGUUGUGGUUACUACCAAAAAAUCGGAUAAAACAACUCCAGAAUCAGGCACCUCACAACCUUCUGGUCAAACAACAACUGGAGGACAAGAGGUCACAACUAAAACAGCCAUUCUUCCUCUAACAUCAGAAGCAUCAGUAUUCACAACAAGUGGUUCUGGUGAAUCAACAAUCAAGUUAACAACAGUUCACCCACCAACUACAACCACGCAAGUUAUCACCAUAAGCACUGAACAACUACCUUUUACCACCGGUAAAAUAACAACAAACAGUUUAGAAACAACCACACCCAAAGACCGUGUCUGUAUGAUCAACUGUGAAGAUAGUUGUGCAUCAGGAUUUGUAAUGACAAAAGAAUUCGAUUCUGAAUGUUGUACAUGUAUACAUGAAACUACCACUGCCAGAGUGACAACAACAAGUCAAAGCAUUACAACAUCUAAAUCAACAAAUUGUACUGCACCGUUCGUCUACUACAACUGCAAACCACAAUGCGAUGCCACAUGUCCUCAUGUUCAAGCUGACUGUGUUGAAGACAAUCCUACUAAAUGUUUUUCAGGAUGUGGAUGUCCAGAUGAAACAAUAUUUGAUGGUGAAACCUGUAUUCCACUUGGAAACUGUCCAUGCGUUGUUGAUGGAGUUGAGUAUGAGUCCGACGAUACCUGGAAAAAUCCCACUGAUAACUGCAGCGAAUGUACAUGCAUCAGAGGAAAGCAAUAUUGUAGCACACCGGACUGUGCAAUCCCUGUUUGUGUAACUGGUUAUGUGUUGGCAAAGGUGGAUGGAAAAUGUUGUCAAGAAUGUGUACCUGAGACAGAAACAACACCCUCAACAACAUUAGCAACCACAGAGCCUAUGUCUACCACAAUUCCAAAAUGUGACCUCAAAUGUUAUUGCAUGGUUGGAUGUGACAGAGAUGAAUCACAAUGUCCAGUACUUGCCGAUUGUCCAUACAAAUGCUUCUGUAAUGAAGGAACUCAAAAAAUAAGAGGAAGAUGUGCUUUCCUAGCUGAAUCUAAACAAUGCUUACCUCCUUCAACAACACCUGAAUAUGAAGAGACAACUGGCCCUUCAACAGGAGGCCCAGAAACAACUGGUCCAGUAACACAAUUCAACACAACAACAGCAGAACCAGUUGUUACAACACCACCAAGCGUUUGCUCAGAUGAAUGCAACUGUAAACUUGGAUGCAAUGAUGAUGGAGAAUGUCUGCAGUUAUAUGGAUGUAGCGUUGAUGAUUGUCAAUGUUCUGAUCUAAAUGCUGACAGAGCCAACGGUAGAUGUGGAAGUUAUCCUACUGAUGAGGAAUGUGAAAUCACAACAACUACACCACCAUCUACAACACCUGAAUCAGGAGUCAGCACCACUGAAGGCCAAGGUGUAACUACAACAAAACCUGUUGGUGUAGAAACAACAACCAAAACAGUCAUUGCCACAACUACACCUCCAGUUUGUCCUGGUGAUAAAGAAGUUCGUCCAUGUCCAUGCCAGAAGACAUGCACAGACAUGGCAAAUCCAAAUUUUGUGUGCCCAACCUCAUCAGAGCCUUGUCAACCAGGCUGCCAAUGUCCUGGAGGAAUGGUAGAACAUAAUGGACAAUGUAUUCCAUCUCAAGAAUGCCCAUGCUACCAUGAAGGAAGCUAUUAUAAGUUCAAUGAUGAAGUUACAUCUACCAGCGAAUGCGAAAAAUGCUAUUGUACUGAAGAAGGUGUAAAAUGCGAAAAGGUUUGCAAACUCCAAAGAGAAGAAUGUUUGGCGUUCAACGGAGUUUUCAGUUUUGUUGAGGGAUGCUGCAAAUGCACAUUUUCACUCACCACAACAACGGUCCCUGCCAAUACCACACUUCCGGAAACAGAAGUGCCAACUACACCACCUUCUAGUUCUACAUCUCCUGGAACCAAUGUUGAGACAACGCCAUCCGGAGAAAUUUCCACAACCAAAAAAUCAAGUGAAACGACACCUAUUGUAACUCCAUUGGUCACUACACCAAAAGAAGUCUGCAUGCCACCAUUGGUCCCAAUUGGAUGUGGAUGCAAUACAACUUGUUCUGACAAGGAUGCAGUGUGUGGAACAGAUAAUUGCAAACCAGGAUGCUAUUGCCCAUCUGGAACAUUUGUCGAUGGAAUGAAAUGUGUCACUGAGGAAAAAUGCCAAUGUAUAGAGGAUGGAAAUAAAUAUCCUGCUGGAGGUCAAUGGUCCAAGAAUGAAUGUACAACAUGUGAAUGUACAUCUGGAGAAAUAUCUUGUGAAAAAUCGUGCAAGUUGACUUGUGCAACUGGAUCAGAAAUUCUAGUAUUGAAUGAAGGAACAGACAGUUGUUGUUACUGCAAGGAAUUGCCAACCACCACACCAGCCAUUGGAGUGACAACGACACCACCAGUCAAUAAGGAAACAACCACUCCAUUUGUCACAACACCAAGAACUUGUUCUGGAUGCGUUGUUGCUGAAACUUGCGUGGAUGUUGGAGCUAAGUGGGAACCAAACCCAUGCGAGACUUGCACUUGUACGAAUGAACUUGGCAGCACAUCAUGUGUACAACAAAUAUGUCCUGAGAUCUUGUGUGAGCCUGGAUUCAGAUUAACAACUGUUGAAGGAGAAUGUUGUCCAGUUUGUGACAAGCAUUGUCCAGGAGAAUUCCAAUGUGAUAAUGAGAAAUGCAUUCCAAUGAACUGGGUUUGUGAUGGAAGAGAAGAUUGUUCUAAUGGAAAAGAUGAGCAAAAUUGUGAAACAACCACAACAACACCUAUGCCAACCACACCAGUAUCAGUUACUACUAAGAUUGUAUCAACAACUGAAGUUACAACUACACCAACAGGAGUUACUGGAUCACCUAGUCCAGCUGUAACUACUGAAGUGACUGAAUCUACAACUGGAGAAGAAGAAACAGAGAAAACUACUCCUGCUACUACCAAGAUGGCUAAUCCUACAACCAGCUCAGCAAAGACCACACCAAAAUCGACACCAAGUGUUUCAACAACAUCUGCAAGUGUUGAAGAAUCCACAACGAAGAAACCUGUUAUUACUUCUGAAUCAGCAAUGACAACGAUACCUACAGAAACUACAACAUCUAGUUCCAAUGUGACUACUACUACAGGAUUCUAUUGUGAACCACCAUUCAUACCUGCUGGUUGCCGAUGCCCACACACAUGUGAAAUGGAAGCACAAGGAAAAUCUUGUCCAAAGAUAUGCAUACCUGGAUGUCAGUGUCCGGAUGGUCUGAUAGAAAGCAAUGGAGAGUGCAUUACUAUUGAAGAAUGCCCAUGUUACGUUGAGGAAACUGGAACACUCCAUGCUAUGAAUGAAAUCAUUUCUGUGAGUGAAUGUGAAACAUGCCGAUGUGGAUUCAACAAAGUCAUCUGUGAUAUGGCUUGCAACCUUGAAUGUGAAGAAGGAAAAGAACUGGUUGAAGAACCUGGAAAAUGUUGUUACUGCAGAGAACCUAAAUGUGUAUAUGAAGAUGUGUAUUAUGAGGCUGAUCAAGUUUGGUAUCCUGAUAACUGCACAAUUUGCAAGUGUGAUGAUAUGACUGGAAAACCAAGUUGCGGAGAACAUUGUCCACUUUCUUCUUGUGAUGAAGGCCAUGAACUUGUCAAUGUUGCCCCCGACGAUGGCGUUUGUUGUACAUGCAGACCAAAUCAAUAUUGUGUUGAUAACACAGGCGCCUUCCGAGAGGUUGGAGAUACUUGGUCUGUUGGACCUUGUGAACAAUGUUUGUGUGAUAGUGCUGGACAAACAAGAUGCAAUUUAAUGUCUUGUGCAGCUUGUCCUGAAACUCAUGACGCUGAAUAUGUUGAAGGCCAAUGCUGCCCUAACUGCAUUGAGCGUAAGAUACCUACUACAACUACUCCAAUACCAACUACCACAGUCACUCCACCUAUGCCAUGUAGCAAUGAUUCUUACACUUGUCAACCCGGUGAAUGUAUUCCUAAAGAAAAACUAUGUGAUGGUGUGACAGAUUGCGUCAAUGGUAUUGAUGAAUAUUAUAGAAUAUGUACAACUACAACUACAUCAAUUAUGACUACAACAGUUGGUCCACCAAUCUCUGAAACUACAAGUGGUCCAGGAGUUCAAACCACGACAUUUGGUGGACCAGUGACAGGAGAGCAGUCUACAAUUACAACAGUUGUGGUGACCACUCCAGAAUACUGUGAAUAUAAUUGUGAUAAUGGACAAUGUCUACCAGAUAUUUCAUUGGUUUGUGAUGGCAAAGUACAAUGUUCAAAUGGCAAAGAUGAGAUGAAUUGUGAGAAAGAUACAACAACACCAAAAGUACCUACAACACCUGCUGCACCAACAACAACACCUCCUAUUACAAAAUGUUCAGAUAAAUGUUUGUGCAUGUCCAGUUGUGAUGGCUCUACUGAUGCAUGUGGCCCUCUCUCUGAAUGCGACAUGAACUGCGAAUGCCCAGCAUCCGACCUUAACACUUAUGACCGUGCAAACUGGAGAUGUAUUCUUCCACCGCCGGCUAUAUUGUGCAAUGUACAAACAACUACCAGUGUACAAGUAGCAUCGACCACAACUCUGCCUACAACUCCUGUACCAGUAGUAACAACUGCUCCUUUAGGAUGCACCAAAUGCACUUGCCAACUAUCUUGUGAAGAUGAAAGCGCAGGAACUAUUCCACCAAAUUGUAUUGAACAACAACCAGAUUAUUGUGAAAAUUGCCCAUGUCCUGCAGGAACUUAUAGAGACCCAUCUGGAAGUCUUUUGUGUUUGCAAACACCUGAUGAUGGAUCUUGUGGAUGUGUUGUUGAUGGUGUUGAGUAUGAGGAUGGAAGCAUCUAUUGGAAAGGAGAUUGCGAAAGAUGUGCUUGUAUUUCUGGUCAACAAACCUGCUUCCCUGGACAAUGUAGACUCACAGAAUCUAUUUGCUUGGCUCAAGGAAAAGUACUUCGUGAGGAACGUGGGGAAUGUUGUGAGUGUGUUUCAAGAGCAAUAACAACAACAACAGAGAAAACAACCACUACUACUCCUAAACUUGUUACAACAUCUGGACCAUACUGUGAGACGGUUUGCACCAAAGAAGUAACAUGCGAAGACUUGAGAAACUUCAAUCCAUUCAGUCCACCUGACUUUGGAGAAUAUGACACUUUCCAAUGUGAACAAUGUGAUUGUCCAUCCACAGCACCUCAAGAUCCGAUGUGGAAUACUGGUCUCUGCUUGAAAAUGCCUGAAUGUGAAGGAUGUGUAUAUGAAGGAGCAGAAUAUCCAGUUGGUACUAAGUUCCCAAGAGGUACAUGUGAGGAAUGUGAAUGUAUUAUGGAUGAAACUACUGGUUCUGUGACAACAAAAUGUUAUGAAAAAUGCAACCUUAUGACAUAUGAUUGCACAAGUAAGGGUAUGAUACUGUUGAACGAGCCCGGUGUUUGCUGCAAGUGUGUUGCUGCACCAACCACAGAGCCAACAUCCACAGCACCAACCACUCCUAAAUCAACAACACCAUCUGGACCCGUCUGCGAUGAAUCUUGUGUUAUUGAACUUACAUGUGAAGAAAGUAGAACAUAUGAACCUGGUUCUUCUGCUCCAUUUGAAGUUGAUGCUGAAAAAUGUGGAUUGUGUGCCUGUCCAUCUGGUACUAUUGAAGACGAUACUGUAUGGGAAACUGGAAUGUGUUUGAAAAUGCCUGAAGAUUGUGAAGAACCUUGCAGAGUAGGAGAUGUUGUGCAUGAGGUCAAUACAACAUACUUCAAGGGAGAAUGUGAAGUUUGUAAAUGCUUAUAUGAAGAUGGCUUGUACAAAGAAAAUUGCGCUCCAUUCUGUAAACUCACUGAUCAAAUUUGUUUGGCAAUGGGAAAAGUUCUGUUGUCUGGAGAUGAUAUUUGUUGCAAGUGCGCACCACCUACUCCAGAGACAACCACUACCUUGAAACCUGUUGUAACUACAACUGAAGGUGAAUCAGAAGAAUCUACAACGAAGAAACAAGGUGCACCAACUUCUCCAUUAACCACUCUUACCAAGAAACCAAUUGUUACCACAACUGAGGGACAAAGUGGUGAGACCACAACUGCAGGACAAGGAGGUGAUACCACAACUGCGGGACAAGGAGGUGAGACCACAACUGCAGGACAAGGCGGUGAGACUACAACUGAAGGACAAGGCGGUGUCAGUACAACUCCAGCUAUUGUGUCUACAACACCUCUUCCAGAAUGUCUACCUGAAUGCGAAUGCCAGCUACCUUGUGAUGGAGACCAAUCCGAAUGUCCAGCCCAACCUGGAUGUACUUCCAAAUGUGUUUGCUCUGACAGUUCGGCUUUGAGAAUCAAUGGACGUUGUGCCAUAAAGCCAGAAGAAUCAUCAUGUGUUACUGAAACAACAACCGUACCUAUCGUUACCACCAAAGUUCCAGAAAAAUCAACUACACCUAAAACAGGAAUUUGUGAGGAUGGAGAAACACGUGAAGAUCCAAGUUCAUGUCAAGUUUGUACAUGUGAAGAUAACAAGUUUGUCUGUGAAUCAGAAUGUUCACUGACUUGCGAUGAAGGAUAUACUCUCGUCAGUUUCCCUGGAAUAUGUUGCUACUGCUGCCCUGGAACGAAAACUACAACAACAAUUCCAUUUGUCUCAACAACGAGCAAACCAGGAGUUGUAACAACUUCGGAAUCAGUUGUAUCUACCACGUCAGGAACUGGAAUUGUAUCUACUACUAAAGAAAUUGAAAAAACCACGGGAGAAACUAAGGAAACAACGACUGUAAAGCCAGGUGCUCCAACUUCCGCAACAACAAAGAAACCUCCGCCAACAACUACUACUAUUGGUCAAGGUGAAUCAACAACUACCAUUGUCACUGUUGUAACGACACCGAAAGUUCCACAAAAUUGUUCAUGGGAUUGUAAAUGCUUUGUCACUUGCGAAGAUCAACAGAUACUUGUAGAAAAUCAAAUUCCUGCACGAUGCUCUGGUGUAUCUGAAAAAUGUGAUCUAUGUUUGUGUGAAGAAGGUUACAUUAAAGAUCCAGAAACAAAGAAAUGUAUCAAAUAUGACAACGACUGUAAAACGCCAAUUUGUGAUAUUGGAAUGGAGCCCAAUGAAACAUUCUGGAAGGGAGAUUGCCAGCUUUGUGAAUGUGUUGAAGGAGUUGAACAAUGUCAAACAAAUGUAUGCAGACUCACAGAAGUAUCAUGUGCUGCUGAAGGAAAAAUUUUGAUGAACAUUCCAGGUUCAUGCUGUUAUUGUGCACCAAACAAUGUAACUAUAACUACAACUAAACCCGUAGUAGUCGAAACAACAACAAGACCACCUUCUCAAGAAUGUAUUAUCAAUGGCAUCAACUAUGACAGACCAGCACCUGACAAUGUAUGGAUGGAAGAUGCAUGCACCAUAUGUAUGUGUGUUGAUGGUGUUAAAGAGUGUGAAAAAGAAUGCAAGAUUACAAGCUGUCAAGCUAAUGAAGUUUUCGUCAAUGGCACAGAAACUGAAUGCUGUCGAUGUGAACCAGCUCCAGUAUCACAAUGUCAACCAUCAAUUAGAUUGGCUCAAGUUCAAAUGCCAGAAUGUUAUACCGCCGAAGAAAUUGAAUUGACUACUUGCAGCGGAAACUGUCCAUCUCACUUCAGCGCUGUUGCUUAUCCACCAUACAUGGAGGUUGAAUGUACUUGCUGUAAACCUGUUACAGUCGAGAGUAGACAAGUCUCAAUGAACUGCAACAAUGGAACAGUGGUUAUUGUCAAUGUACCAAAGAUUACAGAAUGUUCAUGUAAUGAAUGUGAAUACAAUCCUUUCGCACCAUAAACAGAUUAUCUUCGAAUAACUGACCGAUCAAUCGAAGACCGACGAUGAAAACCGUUGUACAUAAACCAUUUUAUUUUUUUCUUCGCAUCGCACAUAUAUUCCCAUUAUUAGCAUUAUCACUUUCAUUGCAUAUGUAGUAUAUCUUACUUCAAGAAGCACUUACUUUCUGAACUUGUUCUCUACCACAAAUGAAUAUUUCUAACAACAUAAUUCAUUUCAUGGAUUUACAAGUCUAUGAUUGUUAAUUAUACCCACUGUAUCACUUUAGUGUCGAAACGCCUAUAACUUUUGGCCGACAGGUGCAAUAACUUCAAUAGAAACAUGUUUUUGUUAUUCUUCUAGUUCACAAUGCUCUAUCGCUUUAAUAAAA